AAUACAGCGUGUGUUAGCGGCGCAGCAGAUUAAUACAGCGUGUGUUAGCGGCGCAGCAGAUUAAUACAGCGUGUGUUAGCGGCGCAGCAGAUUAAUACAGCGUGUGUUAGCGGCGCAGCAGAUUAAUACAGCGUGUGUUAGCGGCGCAGCAGAUUAAUACAGCGUGUGUUAGCGGCGCAGCAGAUUAAUACAGCGUGUGUUAGCGGCGCUGUAGAGCCUUACAGCCCCACUAGUGUUGGCAGAGGGCAAGCUAGGAGGCGAGAGUGAGGAAGAUCUGGUGCGGCGGCGGUGUAUAUAUAGGCCUGGUCCUCCUAUAGCACAGCUUCCAUGAUAGUGAGAGUGUAGGAGGGAGGCAGAGGAGAGCGGCGGCGGCGGCGGCGGCCAUCGUAUGGGAGGGAAGACGGCGAAGAUGGCGGCUCCUGUAGUAGUGAACGCGACGGCCAAACACACAGCCACAGUAAUUUUUCUUCACGGUCUUGGUGACACUGGUCAUGGCUGGGCAAGUGCAAUGGCAGCUGUUGGCUCGCCACACAUCAAGUUCAUAUGUCCUACAGCGCAAGUGAUGCCGGUAUCACUGAAUGCUGGGUUCAGGAUGCCAUCUUGGUUUGACUUAAAGUCCCUGGAUGUGGAUGGUCCAGAAGAUGGGGAUGGUAUUAAGAAAGCAAGAGAUGGCAUUCACCAUCUUAUUGAAGAAGAGGUAAAAAAUGGCAUUCCACAUGAGCGAAUUAUGCUGGGAGGCUUCAGCCAAGGUGGUGCUUUGGCGCUCUAUUCCACCUUCACUCACACCAGGACGCUGGCGGGGGUCGUGGGGCUCUCGUGCUGGCUGCCGUUAAGAGAGGAAUUUCCUCAGGCCGCAAUAAGCAACACGGGCUCGCCAAUCCUGCAGUGUCAUGGGGAUUGUGACCCCAUAGUACCGUACAAGUUUGGCCAAAUAACCAGUCAAAUUAUCAAGAAGUUUGCCGGCAAUAUUGAGUUCAAGACUUACCGAGGCAUGAUGCACUCCUCCUCUGAAGAGGAAAUGGCAGACGUCAAGAAAUUCAUAAGCAAGUAUUUGCCUCCAGUUUAGAACCGUGAACAAUUGCCACUCCAAUGUCAGACUUAAGUGCAUUAUGUGAAACUCAUCACCUCUACAACAAGACAAAGAAAAAACAUUCAAGUAGUAUAAGCAAUCAGUAUUUAAUCUCUAUAUUUUUGGUUUAGAUAAUGUUGUGACUGUUGAGGAUUACAAAUCCAGUUUUUCAGAAUCAACACCUAGAUGUUCAUUGGCGGUUUGACCCCCCAGUUACCUAUAGUAGGAGGUACAUUAGUCUUUUUAAGGUGCAUUCUUCUUCACAUAUGAUGUACUGUAGUGGCAUUCUUUAUUGAUUGUAUACAAAGGGCUUCUCCAGCUUAAUGUAUCUUGAUAUUAAAUACAGGUUGAUACUCAGACUUGCUACUGCGGUCACUGUGAGUCACUGUUAAUGGCGAGUGGUGGUGGUGGUGGUGGUGGUGCAGGGAAGUGCAUGUACAUUGUUCUAAAUGAGGUUCUCAAAGGAAAGGAAAUAUGUUUGACCAAAGUAUAAUAGAUGUGAAUAAUCUUGUAUACAAUAGGUUUAGAUUAUUUAUCUUGAUGGUGCAUUUUGUUAAUUUGUCCAAUAUAAUUUCAGUAAGUGAUAAGCUAGAAUCAUUUAUUUCUUGCUGGCCAUAAUGUCGGUCAAAAUCAAACUAGUGUGAAGGAGAAAGAUGUAAUAGGUCGAGAGACCGGAGCUGGUAUUUCUGAGCAUUAAAUUACACAUCAUUUGAAAUGUCUGUCACCUCAUAAACUAUUCUCUAAA